UAUUCAGAUCUGAAUACAGGCAACACGGAACUGAAAUUUAUUUUAAAUCACACAAAAAUAAAAUGCCAGCAAAGAGCGCACAGAAUAUCAAAACAAAAGGCAAGAUCGCGCCAGGGCCGGCGGGAAACAAUGCGAUGGGGCGCCAGACAAAGCCAGUGGCUUCCAAAUUGAGUUGGUCAGAGUGGCCGUUGCCACCGCCGCCCCUCCCCAAGCACAACGGGGGGAGGCCCAUACGCCACAAGAUCACCGAAGGCUCUGAUGGACAUUCAGUCGGCAGCAAGGAUCUCGGCCAGAUCCUUCCCGUGCGUCAGAAGCCCCUGGGCGCGUACAUGGGUCUGGCCAGUGCGCGUCCUAUGCCAGGUGGCGACGGUGCUAUCAGCUAUGCGGCGGUCGUCGCCAAUGUCAUUGAGCCCAAACAAUUUCAGAAUAUGAAUAUUGUCAUACCGCCACGUGUUAAGAAGCAGCAAAAAUCACACAAGGCCGCCAAUAGGAGGUCAACGGUCGAUCCAAAGUUCACGAUAUUCGACGUAGAGGAGCCCAAGCCGCAUCUUGUCAUUUUAUAUGCAAAGGACAAAACCAUUGAUGAAGAGGUCCACAAAAUGUCAAAGAUUUUGAAGAAACAUCAGAAAUUGCCACAGAAGCCCCUUAAUCCCCAAGAUGAGUUCCAGGAGCCAAAGAAUGCCACUCAGAAUGAGCUGCAGGAGCCACAGAAUGACGCUCCGAAUGAGCUCCAAGAUGUCCGAACUAAAUCUUCGUCGACAGAAACAAACUUAAAUGAGAAGAAUCUGCAAUUCCUAGGCGUUUCCAUAGAAAGUACUGAGUCUGAAGCUACAUUGGAAUCCAAUCCAGCUCCAAAUAUAAAGACGAAUACUCCAGAGUUCUCCGAUAGCGAAAGUUAUCUCAGAUAUCACCUUCGUAAACUGCAACAGAUUUUAGCCACUCAGUGCUCGGAUUCUUUCUGGAUUAAACGGCCGCGGUCCCAAAAGCCAUCUAAAUGUGAGCGCUAUAAUUACCAGCUAGACGAAAAAAAAUUAUAACGGCCGGAACUAAACGCAGCCGCCUUUUUGGAAAAGACUAAGGCCAAGCAACGUAUGUGGUUGAAUGGUGAUGUUGUGAUAUGCUAAACAAAGCCAGAGAAGACUAAAACACAUCUUUUAAUAUGUUCAAAGUUGACACUUUUCAAAUUUUCAAAUUAACGGCCACGAGUAAAACUGUAUUUAGCAUUAAUUCGGUAUAUUUUCGAUAGAUAUCGUAUUUAAAGUGUCAUUAAAAUUUCAUUGCUUAUCGAUAGUUAAA